GACGACGUUGUGCGUAAGGAAUUGGAGCCGUAUGGCAAGGUCCUGGAAGUGAGCCGGGAGAAGUGGAAUGUUGAAGGCUUCCAAGGGAUCGAAUCAACGACCAGGUGUGCGCGGAUGACACUGAACGAAGGCGGCACGGCCGAUACCAUGCCACACCAGCUUCGGAUCCAAGGUGGUAACGUACUUGUUGUGAUCCCUGGUCGGGCGCCCUUGUGCUUACGCUGUAAGCGCACAGGUCAUAUUCGACGAGAAUGCAGGGCGCCGAAGUGCUCGGAGUGUUUUCGCUUCGGGCAUUAUGGCACCGAGUGUGUCAGGUCGUACGCCAGGGUGGCCAGCGGGGCCGGGACGGCCGAGACCAAUGACCACGCCAUGGAUGCCGAGGAAGCGGAGCGUACUAUCCAGGGCUUGGCGCUAGAAGUUUCAACCCCUGCCAAAGAACGCAAGAGUGAAGGAAACAGCUCCUUGGAGGCAGCCAGAGAGAACGGAAGUCAACCGGAAGGCGCACCUCCCAGCGGUGCCGACGUGCAACCCUCUCAUGCCGGAGCAGACAAGGAAUCGAACGACGCAAGCACCAACGGACCUUCAGAUAUGGACGACACCAGCGAGUCAACUAAGCGAGCCUUCGAUGACGAUGCGGCAGCAGGAAACGGAGCACGCCAACUACACCCCUGGAUGGAACGCACGAAGAAGGGGCGUUACCAGCCCGCGCCCAACGAUCCUAAAGAGGAACGUCGGCGCAGGGAAAGCAAGUAAGGCGUUCUUUGCCUGGUUCCCUGGUGUUCAAGAUUGCUGCAUCAAGACAACUUCGACCCUGACUGCUUAGGUUUUUAGUGUCUGCACCGAAGCACAGCGCAUGAUUUGUGAGUCCCAAUCAGCCAUUACAGUUGCAACGCUGAAUGUUCGUGGUUUAUGCACUAGGAAAAAGCAGUACCAAAUACAGCGAUUAUUGUCGAAAGAGCAACCCGAUUUCUUGGCGUUGCAAGAAACUAAAUUGGCUGAGGCGGAACAGGUAGAGGAAGCAGUCAGACCUUUCAUGCCUAACUACGAAAUCUGUGUGACGCAUGCAGUUGGUCAUUCGGCAGGGUGCUUCCUGCUUCUGA